AUGACAUAUCGCGGCUCGAUGCCCCAUGGCCAAGGCUCGGGGUUCAAUGGCCAGCAAAAUCAAUAUCCCCAAGUCGUGAGCAACGGCUAUGAUGCCUGGGGCAACCCACAGUUCCAGCAUCAACAACCUUACCAGAACGCCGUUUUCACACCUACCACACCUUAUCCGCCUCAGUCGCAAUCUCAGCAACACCCUCACACGUAUAAUGCACAUCCGCAACCGCAGCAGCAGCAGCAGCAGCAACCACAAAAUGCGAACUACCUGUUUCAUUCGUACGACCCCUCCCUCGAUCAACGGCCGACAGGUAUUCCACCUUCACCGCAGAACGGCGUAAACUUACAUACCAUGCCACACCCCGCCCAACAUACUACUCCUCAACGCCAAUAUGUACAACAGCAACCAGAAUGGCAGCACAUGCCACCGCCGAUGUCCAUGCCGAUGCCCUCCCCGUCCUAUCAGACCCCCCAACCACAAAUGACCCCGAUGACACCGGUACAGCCCCAGAGUAUACAUCACCCUCAACAUCAACAUCAGCAACGGCAACAAUUUCAGUAUCAAUUCCAACAGCCAUUCUCCCCGCAGCAACGCCAACAGCAGCAGCAGCAUCAACGACAAUACCAAACCCCUGUACAUCGACAUGCCAGCUCUCCCGUCACUAUCCAGUCCCCUCAAUUGCCGCCACAGGUUGUACCGCACCCUGCUAAUAGACAUGUGAGUAUGGCUGCACGGAUUGACCAACGCGCCAGUCCUAUCUCUGCAAGCCCUCGACUUGGUACUCGCGGCAUUGCGAGGAGUCCUAGUGUUGGAUCGCUAAGGUCGCCUGCUCCGACGCCGGGACUUCUACCACACCAUGCCGAUACCAAUUCCCUCUUAAUAUGUAUCGCAGAAGAAUAUUUCAGUAAAGCGCGGGAGUCCACUGUGUCUAUGGUAGAGAAUAUCGAAGCCCAAAGUCUGAACGAAUAUCAGAAACUUGUCGCGACAGGGUUAGGCUGUCUCGAGGCUGUCUUGGAGAGCCCAAAACUGCAAUCGCGGUUGGAGGCUAGGAUACGGUUUCGAUAUGCCAGUAUAUUAAUCGAGGAAACGGAUAAUGUGAUGGAGGCUGAGACCGCUCUGACCAAGGGCAUCACGCUUUGUGAAAGAAACCAUCACAACGAUCUCAAGUAUGCCAUGCACUUCCUUCAGAUCAAACUGCUCUUUUCACAACAGAAAGUAAAGGCAGCUAUGAUUGCAGUAGAUGGCCGAAUAAGAGAUACAGAGGUGAAGAAGCAUUACCAUUGGAUUUACGCAUUUCGCUUUCUUAAGGCUUCCAUGUAUCUACAGUCUGCCAAUCCCGCCGAGACGCAUGCACUCGAUAACCUAAAGGCCAUUGCUAACCUAGCUAACCAGAGGAAUGAACAUGCUAUCUCCGUGGCAGCCUCAUUGCUUGAAGGCCUUAGUCUUCUCAGGACCAUGAAGGAAGAUGCUAUAGUUCGUGUACAAGCCUGUAUUGCCCAAGCUUUAAAAUAUCAGUUUGAGGAUUCGGUUCGCAUACCCCAGCUCGACGCUUUAGCUCUCAUGCUAGAUCUCGCCUGCAGCUUGCACCAAAAGUCGGUCCAAGGAAUCAUGCAGAAAUUGAAGAAUCUCCAGGACCACAUGGAUACUUACAUGAGCGACAACUCUUGGUAUUCCAUAGACUCGCAACUCCUCCUACCUAUUCGGAAUAGCAAUAUACUAACAAUCAGCCACGACACGGCGGCUAUACUAAGGCCUGGACCCGAGGGUGAUCGCUACGACUAUCUAGUCAUGUCGUUCUGGAGCAAGUUGGAAGCAUACAAUGUCACGUACACUUAUAGCGGCCUUGCGCUACUAUACCAAUCUCCUCGUAAUGACAAGAGAAUAUUCAGGCUCUGGGAGGAAGCCGUGACCCAACUUCAAAAGAGUGGUAUUAGACUACGAGGCAUACCAAAUUCGUUAGCGGAUGCCGUUACCAAAGCAGACUGGCAUAGAGAAUGGAUGUGCUACCUGUACAUUCUCCAGGGACUACACUUUGCAACUCACACCCGGUGGCCGGAAGUUAAGAAAUGUGUGGCAAAACUGGAAAAUAUGGUCAAACCUCCGCUGGGGGCCAUUGUCGUGCUGUACUCGACCUAUCUUGCAGGUGUAUACCAUCAAGGGACCGGAGAUUUAAAAACCGCCAAUUCGAUUUUCGGCAACCCAAUCUUUAGCCUAGAUAACGACAGCGGAAGAAGUGGGAAUCGAAAAGCAGCCGAAGUCGACGUGUCGCUGCUAGCUACGUUCAACCGAAUUUGGAUCAUGCAGCACCCGGAUUACCGAAACGACCGAUUGACGCUUGAGCUCCUGGAGCAACUCCGUCCGCUCUGCAGCGAUCACCCCAACGUAGAGAUCCGCACGUCGUACAACCUGGUGCUAGCGGCGGUGCAGACGAACCCGCCGAUCCCGAUGACAGCGGUCAAGAUGCACAUAUCGACGGCACUGAAUAGCGCGCAGUCGCUGGGCAACGUGCACACGCUGUCGAUCGCGCUCAACGUGAUGCGGGCCAAGCUCUUCCAGAACAUCGUGGGGGACCAGGCGCUCAAGAGCGCCAAGGCGGCCUCGAACCAGGCGAAGCGGAGCGGCAACACGCUGUGGAUGAGCGUGGCCGACGGGAUGCUCGCACAGAGUUUUGACGUCCAGGGGCAGGCUCAAGAAGCCCAGAAGGCGUGGGGCGAUGCGACGCAGUACGCGCAGCAGACUUUUAACAUGAUGGGGCAGCAGGAGGGUUCGGCGUCUUGA